AUGUAUAAAUAUGGUGUUUUCAUAUUUUUUUAUCUUCCUCUUCUUCACAAUGAAGAAUUUUCAUUUAAAGAGUCUCAAAUUGAUAUUUCAAAGUUUGAUUAUGUUAUUUUUAACGAUACAUUAAUAAACUCUAAAGCAAUAAUCACAAUCCCAAAAACAAUUACAAAUCUUUACCUUUGUAGUGGUAUUGAUAUGGAAAAGAUUCUGAAAGUAUGUAAUGAUACCACUGUCACGAACCUUGUUUUCUCAACGAAUUUCAAUUGCCGAUUGCCACCAAGUUUAAUUCCUUCAAACAUUACAAAUAUAACGUUUGGCGAUAAAUUUAAUUGUAAUUUGGAGAUUGGUUCAUUACCAAAACAUCUUGAGCAACUGGUGUUUGGUAGUAGUUUUAACUGUUGGUUGAGUCCCGGUCAACUUCCAGAUUCACUUCAAUCAAUUACAUUUGGAGAGAGUUUUACAGUUGGAUUUGGUGUCGGUUCACUUCCACUCAACCUUCGAAAGCUAAAAAGUACAAUAAUGAAUUACCACUUUGGCGUAACACCAGACACUCUUCCUCCUAAAAUAGAAAAGAUUAUUGGUUUCGCCGUAUUGAUUGACGAUAAGCUAAUGCCUAAAACAAUUAAACAUAUCAGUCUCAGUCCAGUGAAAAACAUGAAGAAUUGCCACUACACAAUACCAUUGAACCUAACAUCACUUUGCCUGUUCAGAUUCGACUUCAAACCUUCGAUAUUACUGCUGCCUUUGACGCUAAAGAAAUUGAACCUUGGGUUCUACGACAAAGAAUUGGAACUUGGCUUUAUACCAAACUCUGUGAAACGACUCAAUCUAGGAUACGCAUUCAACCAAUACCUCUAUCCAAAAAUACUUCCCAACACAAUAAGAUGGUUGAAAUUUCCAGAUACUUAUAACAUACCUUUCGAGGAAGGUUCGAUUCCAGAGGGAGUGACCACUCUGAUUCUGAACACCAAAAUCUCUCUACAGACAGCACCACUGGCAAUUGUUGAACAACUCACCAUUUCACAGAGUGUCACAUUGGAGCAAUUCAAAACUAUUCCAAAAAGCGUUAAAAUCAUUCACUAUCAGAGGAAUGAUAAAGAUGAUCAAUUUGAGAUCAAGAGAAUAGAUGUUGACGAUAGAUGGUUAGUCAUUCACAAAAAGAACGAAUUUGGGGGUUUUAUUAAAUCGACUGAACAACUCGCAAAAGUUCUUCAAUUUAGAGUAACAGUAACUAGUACAACAUAA